GGCUUCCCAUGCCUAAUGAUGCCAGUGUUGGUACACUGACAGUCUAGAGAUGGCUGGCUGGUGGCUAUGCUGCAUUGGUAUGCACGCAUGCUGACUGGUGAUGUCUUGGCUCUCCUGGCAGUGCAGGUGGCCUUGAGCUCCAAGGCAGUAGUCUUGAAAAUAUUUAGACUGCCAUGAACCUCGCUUCAAAGAGACCAUCAAUCCCUUUGAGCUGACAUCCUGAGUCGAAAAACAACCUCCGGCAGCAAAAUGACCCAAAUCGCCGAACUCGCCCCAAUUCUCGAGGGCGUGUCCCUUCAACUCCCACCCAGCACACCACCCAACACUGAAUAUGACUUCCGCCAAAUCCUCACCACGACCCCAACCCACCGUGCCACAUCGACCCUUUUCCGUCGAUACACCCUCCUCCUCUCCUACCUCCUCGCCUCCUUCCCCAUCCCCUCCGAAAGCGAAGAUAACAUCCCCUCCCUCACCACCCUCUGCACCAAAUCCCACCCCCACCACACAGCCGAACUCGAACUCCAGGUCAUCCAAAUCGAAAAGCGCUUCGACCAGCUGUCCACCCUCAUCACAGCCUCCAUCUCCCUCAUCAAUGGCUCCACCACCACCACCCACGAAAUCACCUGGUCCCCUCCCCCCCCUUGCAACAGCUUCCCCGACGCAGUAAAAAACUCGCUCCGCGCCCAACCAGUGGAGGUGUUCAACGCCCAGGGUGAAAAACUGCGAGUCAUGAUCGAGUUCAUGAACGACCUUCAAGAGGGCGACUUCAAAGCGAGGUAUCUCAAGCUCUGGAAGGAGAUUGACAUUCUACAAGCCAUCAUCGAGGACUUACUCACUGUCGGUGAAGGGACGAUCGAAAUCGCAAGAGGGGAGGUUGGUUUCGCGCCUGAUGUUCUCUGCUGGGGGCUCACUGAUACUGAGCCAUCAUUGGGACGGUGUGCAGCAGAAGAAAAAGGGAGGAGGUUAAAAAGGGAGGUUGCCGCUGGGAUGAGCGAGGGGAGGAGGAAUGAUGAUAUUGUGCGGGUUCACACUUUGUUUCCCGACAAGAAUGGGGAGAGGAGAUACCAUCGCUUCACGGGGUGGUUGGUUGAUCAAAAGACUGUCAUGACGGUAGGAGCGGCGGUGUAUAACCACAAGGAAGGUUUUGCUCAGGCGGUGGAGAUUGAUGUACCCGGCUGGGGGAGGUACAGGGGCACGCACUGCGGUGUUCACUGGGCUUUCUUCAUGGUGGGGGACAAGUCGUUCGAUAUGGGGGUUAUCAGGCUUGAUCGUGAGGUGGACGGCGAGGGACCUCUCAAGCAUAGGAACCCGCCUUAUCGAGGGGAGAAGAUUACUGUUACUGUGCGGGGGCUUCUUCCUGACCGGUCGGGUCACGAGAAUGACGAAGUCCGGGAGGGGACUACACAGGUUGUUUGUGACAUGGAGGAGAACCAGCGGUUGAUGGAUCACAACGUGGCGGUUGCUCCAUGUAGCAGCGGAAGUCCAGUGAUGGAUCAGGGAGGACAUGUCAUCGGCAUGCACCAAGGCACUGGUUACAACCUAGACGACCAGCUCGUCAACAAAGCCUUGACGUUUGACCCGUCUUCCAAUCGACCCGGGGCGUUCAAGGUUGCGAUGGAUUUUCUGCAGGAUCCCUUGAGCUGUAUGGACAAGGUUGCCAACCUGAGAGUGAAGCCGAUGAGGACGGAGCAGAUGCGGAACGGGCUCUGCCGUAUCCAGUUUCGGGGGUGGACAAAGUGGUACAAGGGAGAUAUCUGAUGGUGGUGAUGAACGGUGGCGACUUCGGGCCACACCAUCCUCUGCACUGGUAGGGGGGUUGCAGGAUGAAACGGGUGAUGGCAGUUCGGCUCAGUCAGUGCGGGAAUCGGAGGAUGUGACGACGGCUUGAUGUUGAGAGAGUUGAGAUAUCAGUAGAUUCCAAUGCUCAUGGGAAUCAUCAAUACAAUACAGUUCUC